UUAGCGCCUUUCAUUUCUAAAGAAAACUCUCUUAUCCCCUUCCCGAGCUUCCAAAAGCUCCACGAAAAUGGCGUCUUUCUCUUCCAUUCUCGGCAUCUCUUCCAUUUACCAAUCUCCUUCCUUAAUAGAACACUCAUCAAGACCUUCUUCCCUAUCUCUCCCUCUCCCUCUCCCCUCUGAUAAAUCUCACUUCUCCGGCCACAUCCGUCUCAGGAAUGUUCUAAGCGGACGCGUUUGUUCGGCGGUUGCAACUCCUAAUUCAUCUAUCUUGAGUAACGACGCUUUCAAAGGAUUCGACGAUGAUUUGUUAAGCGUCAGUGAUUAUGAAUCGGAGAUUGAUGAAGCGGUUGAGGUUGAGGCUGAUGAUGGUGAUGAACUUGCUGUUUCGAAUAUUGGAUUGCCUGAGAGGCUUGUUAAGUCUCUUGCCAAUCGAGGAAUUACGCAGCUGUUUCCGAUUCAGAGAGCUGUAUUAGUGCCGGCAUUGGAAGGUAGAGAUAUUAUUGCUCGUGCUAAGACUGGUACAGGGAAGACAUUAGCAUUCGGGAUUCCUAUACUGAAACAACUAAGUAAAGAAGAUGAUAGGAGUUUCCAGAGGCGAGGAAGGCUUCCAAAACUAUUGGUACUUGCACCUACAAGGGAAUUAGCGAAGCAAGUGGAGAAUGAACUUAAAGAUUCUGCGCCGUAUUUGAAUACUGUUUGUGUUUAUGGAGGUGUUUCUUAUAAUUCCCAACAAAACUCACUUUCGCAAGGAGUGGAUAUUGUGGUGGGUACUCCGGGGAGAAUAACUGAUUUGAUUGAUUCGGGUAGUUUGAAACUGUCGGAAGUUGAAUAUCUUGUGCUUGAUGAAGCUGAUCAAAUGCUUGCUGUUGGAUUUGAGGAAGCUGUUGAAGUUAUAUUGGAAAAGCUUCCGGCUAAGAGACAGAGUAUGCUUUUCUCGGCUACUAUGCCUGGUUGGGUUAAAAAGUUAUCCAGGAAAUAUUUGGAUAAUCCGCUUACCAUUGAUUUGGUUGGUGAUGAUGAGGAGAAACUUGCAGAGGGUAUAAAACUAUUUGCUAUACCUACAACUGCUACAUCAAAACGUACUAUCCUCAGUGACCUUGUGACGGUAUAUGCGAAAGGCGGGAAGACUAUUGUUUUCACCCAGACAAAACGUGAUGCAGAUGAAGUCUCGAUGGCCUUAACUAAUAGCAUUGCUUCGGAGGCUCUUCAUGGUGAUAUAUCCCAACAUCAAAGAGAACGGACAUUGAAUGGAUUUAGACAAGGAAAAUUCACAGUUCUUGUUGCUACUGAUGUUGCAGCUCGUGGGCUGGAUAUACCUAAUGUUGAUUUAAUUAUCCACUAUGAGCUACCGAAUGAUCCAGAAACUUUUGUACAUCGGUCUGGUCGAACAGGACGAGCAGGGAAGGAGGGUACAGCUAUUUUAAUGUAUACUAGUAAUCAGAGGAGAACAGUGAAAUCUCUCGAGCGCGAUGUAGGAAGCAAGUUUGAGUUUAUUAGUGCACCAUCUACCGAAGAAGUUCUGAAAUCGUCGGCAGACCAGGUCGUUGCUACACUUAGAGGUGUUCAUGCCGAGUCUAUAGAGUUCUUCACUGAAACUGCAGAGAAGUUGAUGGAAGAGCAAGGAGUUAAUGCUCUUGCGGCUGCAUUGGCUCAGUUGAGUGGAUUUGCUCAACCUCCAUCUGCCAAGUCUCUAAUUACACAUGAGCAGGGAUGGAUGACAUUACAGCUGAUACGCGAUCCAAGCAAUUCUAGGGGAUUUUUGUCAGCUAGAUCUAUAACUGGGUUCUUAUCGGAUGUUUAUCCUAUUGCUGCGGGUGAAGUUGGGAAAAUACAUAUAAUUGCCGACGAAAGGGUUCAGGGAGCAGUAUUCGAUCUUCCAGAGGAUUUCGCAAAAGAACUGCUAACUAUGGAGAUCCCACCUGGAAAUACAAUCACCAAAGUCACUAAGUUGCCAGCUUUGCAAGAUGAUGGGCCUCCAAGUGACUAUUAUGGGAAGUUCUCGAAUAUGGAUAGGGGUUCCCGAGGAGGUUCAAGGGACCAAAGACCAUCGCAAAGUUGGGGACGCAGUUCUGGUAAUGGCGAUUACAGGCGUGGCGGCGGCGGCGGUGGUGGCAGAGGAGGGGGGUAUAAUCGGUCUCGGGGUUCGAGAGAUGGUGGAAGCGAUUGGUUAAGUGAUGGUGGUCGGUCUAGAACCUCAAGAGAUGGUGGAAGCAAUUGGAUGAAUGAUGGCGGUCGGUCCAGAAGCAGCUCGAGAGAUGGUGGAAGCGAUUGGUUGAAUGAUGGUGGUCGGUCCAGAAGUAGCUCGAGAGAUGGUGGAAGUGAUUGGCCAAUAGAUGGUAGGAGAUCUGGAAGUAGGGAGAGGGGGUUUGCGGGUGCAUGCUUCGUUUGUGGGCGUUCUGGUCAUAGGGCAUCAGAAUGCCCUAGCAAAUAGGAUUUCACCAUAUUCCUUCGAGAGGUAUAUGAUGAUAACAUGCUGCCUCGGCUACCCACAGAUGCAGAAAUAUACACGGGAUUAGUUUCUUCUUUUAUUCUAUCGAAAGAGAGACCCGGCAAGUUCAUCAUAGAAAGCUUUCCAUUUGGAGGAACAUCAGACCUACUCCUACGCACUUUUGCUUUCCUUUUCUUCUGUGAAGCCACCCGACAUGUCAGCACAACAAUGGCUUAACCAAGGAGAAUCACGUCUUGUUAUUGUACUUAUGUUGUUGUCGCUAUUCCUACCACUACUAUUACACUACUACUACACCUUUGACAUCUUCUAUGUGUUGAAUGCUUUCCUGCUAAUAGUUAUACAUGAGUUUUGUUUUAAUCUUCA